AUGACGACGCAGAUUUUUCCAGAAUUAGCGGAGAGCGCACGGCCUGCAAUCCGUAGAAGGCGAGCGUUGAGCGUUACUUCGACCUAUCCAUCUGCAGACAAACCUGUGAAACGGCGACGCAUCGACACGAGUAAUCAUCCCAACCUUGAAGCAUCGUCUUUACACUCGAAUCAGCACCCGCUUUCUGGAAUUGCAGACGCGGCCGAGGCAAUGAGGCUGACCCAGGCCGGCGAGGCAUCAGAGCCCCAAGGAACCCAGUCCUCGAGCUCUUCCGACGUGGGAAACGGUGCCGCUGCUGGGGCCACUACAGGUACUUACACCUCGCCCUCUGCGUUUAUCGCCUCUAUGGACGAUCCACUCGUAAACGUCAAGAACGGUCACGUCAAGGCCCUUUCAAACGGCUCAACAAACGGCUCGCUCACCAAUGGAUCGCUAUCACCACGCAUAGAGACUCUGGCGGAACCGUACGCGCGUCAUGCAAAAGCCGUUGCAAGAGUGUUUCCACCCGGCACGACAUUGUAUCCCGACUCGAUGACAGACCGAGAGGAAUUUGUCAGAUUACUGCUCCAAACACUCAAGGACGUUGGAUACCUAGAGACGGCAAAUGUGCUCGAGCAGGAAUCGGGCUAUUCUUACGAGACUGCGCACGUCGCGGCCUUUCGCAAUGCCGUCAUGAACGGUAAAUGGGAUCUGGUUGAAAAUGGACUGGUCGUUCUUGGAGUUCGGGAUGAUGACUCCCUUCGGGCUGCACGCUUCAUGAUUAGCCAGCAAAAGUAUCUGGAAUAUCUCGAGGCGAAUAAACGGGCCGAAGCACUACUCACCCUGCGGCAAGAGAUUGCUCCGUUGGAUAUCGAACAGGGCCGCCUGCAUAAUCUCUCGAGGCAAGUCACGUCUAGCCUUGUACUUGGGCUCUGCUCAUCUGCUCCUAGUUUGAUAAUGGCCAGUGGGCCAGAAGAAUUGCGGAGGCAGGCACAUUGGGACGGAAGCAAUGGUUCAUCACGACAGCGACUCCUCAGUCAUCUCCAACAGCUUGUCCCAUCCUCCGCCAUGGUACCUUCUCGACGGUUGGACACACUGCUACAGCAAGCCCGCGAACAUCAGAUUCAAAUGUGCAAUUAUCAUAUUGGCUCACAGACGCAUUCAUUAUAUCAUGAUCAUAGCUGCUCAAGGAAGCAGUUUCCAUCGAUGAACACGCACAUUCUAGAGGGCCAUCGUGACGAAGUGUGGCAGCUCCAAUGGAGUCAUCGAGGGGAUAAGCUGGCCUCUUCUAGCAAAGACUCGACGGUCAUAAUAUGGAAGAUUGCCCGCAUCGAGGCCACGAGAGAGCUCGACUGUACGCUUCAACAUGUGCUUCGUGAUCACUCCUUCCACAUAAAUGCCAUAUCCUGGUCACCGGAUGAUUCAUACCUGUUGUCGAGUGCUGAGCACGAGAUCAAGCUCUGGCACGCCGAGACUGGAGCAUGUCUAAAGACGAUUAACCAGCAACACUCUCAAACUGUAAACGGAUUGUGCUGGCUGGCGGAUUCAAGCGGAUUCGUGACUGGAGGCAUGGACCGACGAAUCAUCCAAUGGGACAUAAAAGGCAAUUUCGUCCUCCAAUGGCCCCAACUCGACAUUCGAAUCCUCGAGUUGGCGAUUACUCCGAAUGGACGCCGUCUCGUAGCUAUUGGUCAGCUUGCACAGCCAAUAUCUAUUUCAAAUGAACAUACUCCGUCUGCACACAGCCUCGCCACAACGCUACAAGCGUCGGCGGGAGUCCACGCUCCAACUGUCAGCGGAAACGAAAACCGAACCUCGGUAGAUAUCGAACGGAGAAUAGUGGUGUAUGAUCUAGAAACCCGGCAAGAAAUCUGGUGGCAGUCUGUAUGGGGCGAAUUACAAAGCGUGAAGAUCUCGGAGGAUUCUCGCUUUGCUUUAAUAAACCACCAGCAAGGGGAUGUGGCCCUUUGGGACCUUGUAGAGGAAAGAUUGAUCCAACGUUAUGUCGGGAGGCCACGAGGAAUGUGUGUUGUACGAAGCUGCUUCGGAGGGAUUGACGGCGGCUUGAUUCUCAGUGGUUCGGAAGAUGGGCAUGUCUACGUAUGGAAUCGACGAACGGGGACACUAUUCGAGAUGUUGUCUGGGCAUGAACCCGGAGGGGUUAACUCGGUGGAUUGGUGCCCCGGUGAGAGUGCCUUGUUCGCAAGCUGUGGCGACGACGGAACCAUUAGGCUAUGGGGACCGGAACCAGAGCUUACGGCAGACAGCAAUAUGGUUGAACAACCGGGACCAAUCGUCCAUGAUGCAUCCGAACGAGAGACGCAAAAUGGAAAGCAGCUUGUCGGAGGAUUGCGAACCAACGACGGUUAUCUCCUUGGUGCCUCUCCAUCCCGUAUGAAGGAGGCAUCGACAAGAUGA